AUGUCGGCUGGUACAUUGCUUGGGACCUUGAACUUUCCUCCUUCACCUCCACACGGCUCUGGCAGCCGGGAACAAAGGUUUCCUUCAAGUAUACAACUGCCAAAGCUGCACUCUCGAUUCGAUAACACUCCGUCGUCGCGAAACGGGCUUAGGACUCCCCCUUCCGACGAAAUGAGCACUGUCUUCCAGCCCCCGCUGGCUUCAUGGGAGAAUCAUGCCAUUCACAACUAUCCUGCUGCAGUGCCUCAAACUGCCCGACCUGCAGCUCCUGUGGCCGAUGCGAGUGGAUCUCAAUACUACAGAUAUCCGACGCAACAACAAGAUCAACAGCAGCAGCAACAAACACAAACACAGACCACAUAUAACCGUUACUACCAGCAUGAGCAAUCGACACAACCUCAGCUCGAAUUGCACCCCACCUCCCAAGUCUCUCAACACCGAAAUGGAUCGAUCUCAGCAGAGUCGCAGGCCGUAGGACAGACCGCCAGGGCUUCAACGCCUGCAUCGACUGCCUCAGGGAGCAAGGAUGAGUCAGAGUCACUAGUCUAUCAUAGCCUGCAAAUCCCCAAGUGCAUCAGUCCUUCAGGUGGAAACCUCGCCGAUUUUGCUGCUCAGAUGACUUGCUUGUUCUGGUUUGAAUCUAUUGAGGAACUCAAGCAGGCCGAGUCGAUUCGUGUUAGAGGCCCCAAUGCCCUCAUCCCUCGGUUACCGUCUCUCGCCAAACCCUACGACCAAUUUCGGAAGUGGGUGUACAGCGUUCUGUCGACGACACAAGUGACCCAAAAUGUCAUUUUAUUGGCAUUGUUGUUCAUCUACCGACUGAAGAUGUCAACUCCUCAAAUCAAGGGUCGUGCCGGCAGUGAAUAUCGAUUGCUGACUGUGGCCCUCAUGCUCGGGAACAAAUUCUUAGAUGAUAACACCUACACGAACAAGACCUGGGCCGAAGUGUCAUGCUUCAAUGUGCAGGAGAUCCAUGUCAUGGAGGUGGAGUUUCUGAGCAACAUGCGAUACAACUUGGUUGCUACAAAGGAACAGUGGGAGGGUUGGUUGGACAAGCUUUCCUGCUUCCACGAGUACUACGAGCGAGCUGUGCGAUUGCCAGAAUCCCCGAUUCAUAUUCCUUCACCAACAAACAAGUCUCAUUACUCGCCUGUCGCUUCACCGACGGCUAUGAUGCAGCCCACCGCCAAUCUCCCUACUCCGACUGUUACAACGACCAACUACUCACCUACCUCGAGUCACUCCCAGCACUGGUCUGCAUACCACUCGAACACCGUCUCUCCAUUGGCUACCAAGCCCAACUUGCAGUUCCCUGUCUCACGGAAGCGAAGUCCCGAGGAAGAGAUUAUGGAACACCCCGCCAAGCGACUUGUUCCCCAUGGACGAGCUCCAGCUCCCGCCAUGGUCCAGCCUAUCAGCACACGAUCCAAUGGAAUCGUUGAGCCGGCGAGGCUACCUGUCCCUCAUCUUACUGUCAUGACCGGACAACCCCAGAUGCAGCCUCAAGCCCAGCCCACAUUGACGCCCUUCAACAAUGGCAAUGUCAAUGUCAAGGGGUAUCCUCAACCUACACAGCAGGUUGCUCAGCCUGUUCACGUCUCGCUUCCUCCGUUGCAGACCGGUAUGCGUGCCAUGUCAACAGUCUACCCAUCAGCCCCCGCCGCUAUGGUGCAAAAGCAAUCGCUUCCCGCAACAACGGGUGUCACCAUGGCGCAAGCUGGCUUUCCUACUCAGGCACCUGUUAGCUUUGGUACACCAAACAAGCAGCACAGUCCUGGACGUCUAGGCCCCUUCAACUCGUCACCUCUAGCUGAAGCAUACGGUCAAGCAUCGGCUGUUCACACUCCUAUGGUGCACACUCCCAUUUCUAACUCGCCGAGUGUCUUCCUGCAACAGCGACCUAGCCCGUACAAACCUGUGCGCCACGUUAAUACUCUCUUGUGUCCCCCGCCUUCGGCCUCACUUGAGCAGUAUCAUCUCGCUGUGCCUGUUCCCCCAACACAGAUGCACUAUCAGCCACUGGGACGACGAAACGACCUGCGAACUGGCAUUGUCCCGGAAUUUAUGGUCUAUAACCGCAGUCACCCGCAGAACCUCCCCCCUCACGGACUCGCUCAGGGACACUACCCGUCUUAG